AUGAUUAAAUAAUCAAGAAUGAAAAAUAAAAUAAAAUUUAUUAAUAGACUAAUUCUAAAAACUUUCGUUAAAAUACUCUAAAAGAACAAGAAAGAUAAAGUUCGUCGUAAGUUAUUUGAGAAAAGAUUAACAAAAUUAAUGGAUGAAAAAUCUUAUAAAAUGAGAUUAGAGUAGUCUAAAUAACAAUAGUAUAGAAAAGAGACUGAAUCGCAUUACAGAAAUGAGAUUGAGAAUAGAAUUCAAAAUUUGAGUGUGGAUGUAAGGAAUGAGAAGAGAGAAAUUCUAUAUCAAGGGUUUGUAGGUAGAAGAGAAUAACUAUUUUCAGUGUAGGAAACAUUGAAUUAAGAAAAGCAUUAGAGAUAAGAAUCUCAGAACAAAAUGAAGGCUAUGAUUUAAGAGAUAAGCAAUAAUUUAAACUUGUAAUUGGCUGAAGAACAAAUAUAAAGAGAUGAAACUGAAAGAACAAUGAUCAGAUUAUUAAACGAGACAUGCAAUCGGGUGGAAAAUUCCCUGAGAAGGUGA